GCGACCGUGCCCGCGCGUGGGAGCCCUCCGCUCGCCGGAGACCCCCGGGGUCACGUCCGGAGCUUCCUUGACCCCCCAUUAGAGCGCCCGCUAACACUGUGUCCUGCAAAGGUGGAGACUUAAAGGGUAGUAAGGAAGGCAACGAGGAGACAAAAGCAACUGAGGCCGCAGGAGAAGAGGUGUGGUGUGGACCUCCGGAGGAGUUAACGGGACGAUCGGACCGCAGAGACCCGGCGGGGCCACGGAGGUGCGGGGCACGGAGCCUCUGGAGCGGUGCGGUCUGUGGGGCUGGGGCUUCUUGCACCUCGGGUCACGCCUCCUUGGCGAGAGGACUCCUCGCCUUUGACUGCUUCCAGUUACGGCAGAACUUCCUGCCCUGCCGGAGAAGCGGGUCUGGCUUUGGUCGCUCUCGCUCCUGGUCUGAAGCGUGAGACUGAAUUCACACGGUGCUGGGCCCCCGGAGCCAAGUGGGGUUGGGGGCACAGAGCCUGCGACCCCCCUCACCCUGAGCGAGGGGCCAGGUGUUGGGGUCCUCCCUCCCCUCGCAUCCGCGCCCCUCCGGGCUUUGCGCCUCCCCGGGGACCCCUCGCCAGGAAAUGGCCGCGCUGAUGCGGGGCAAGGACUCGUCCCGAUGUCUGCUCCUACUGGCCGCGGUGCUGAUGGUGGAGAGCUCACAGCUCGGCAGCUCGCGGGCCAAACUCAACUCCAUCAAGUCCUCUCUGGGCGGGGAGACGCCUGCCCAGGCCGCCAAUCGAUCAGCGGGCACAUACCCAGGACUGGCUUUCGGCGGCAGUAAGAAGGGCAAAAACCUGGGGCAGGUCUACCCCUGUAGCAGUGAUAAGGAAUGUGAAAUUGGGAGAUACUGCCACAGUCCCCACCAAGGAUCAUCAGCCUGCAUGGUGUGUCGAAGGAAAAAGAAGCGCUGCCAUAGAGAUGGCAUGUGUUGUCCUGGUACCCGCUGCAAUAAUGGCAUCUGCAUCCCUGUGACUGAGAGCAUCUUAACCCCUCACAUCCCAGCUCUGGAUGGCACUCGACACAGAGAUCGAAACCAUGGCCAUUAUUCAAACCAUGACUUGGGAUGGCAGAAUCUAGGAAGACCACACACUAAGAUGUCACAUAUAAAAGGGCAUGAAGGAGACCCCUGCCUACGAUCGUCAGACUGCGUUGAAGGGUUUUGCUGCGCUCGUCACUUCUGGACCAAAAUAUGCAAACCAGUGCUCCAUCAGGGGGAAGUCUGUACCAAACAGCGCAAGAAGGGCUCUCACGGGCUGGAGAUUUUCCAGCGGUGUGACUGCGCGAAAGGCCUGUCAUGUAAAGUAUGGAAAGAUGCCACCUACUCCUCCAAAGCCAGACUCCACGUGUGUCAGAAAAUAUGAUCACCUCUGAGGAAAAUCGAUGCUAGCAGACUGUGAAUCUGUGUAUUUAAUGCAUUACAGCAUGGUGGAAAAUAGGGUUUGGAUCUCAGAAGAAUGGCUCAAAAAUAAGGGAUGUGAUAAGGAUAUAGUGAUCACAGAGAGAGAAAGGCAAAGAGGAUAAAGAGAUUAGAAAGGGUGACAGAUGGAGUGCAACUGACGUGUUUCCAUUAUGCAACUUGUUUAUGUAAAUAAUGUACACAUUUGUGAAGAUGCUAUUACUGAAAAAAGCACACAGUAAAAAUUACAGAUACCAUGUGACUUUCCCAGAGUUCAGGUUGUGCUGGAAGAUUGGUUUCCUUCAUUGGUGAUUGCCUAUAGAAAUAACCUAAAAGCCAUAUUUCUAAUUCAAAGUCAUAGGUUAACAAAAUAGUCCCUGUAUACUUCGGCAUAUGAUAGGCUCUAACACAAAAAGAGUUGUUAAACACUGCUUCUACUGCUCAAUGAAAGGUGUUGGUAGACAAGAAAAAAAGUCAGUAUUUUCCAAAUAAUCUCAAAACAAUUGCAAAUCAUUAUGAAGGCCUUUAGAAAAAACCAAACUUGUUUUUCUUCAAACUGCUUAUUUACAUUUUUUAAAUAUUUACUUUCAUCGAUAAUUAAUAAGAACCAGUAGAAGACAAAGAGAGUCCAUUCACAUUCUAGAAGAAUGACAUUGUAUCUUUCUUGAUUGUAUGUGAUUCCUACCCUGAAUAUAUUUCAUUUUCCAAACUAUCCUGAUUAAUUGUCAAUAGCACAGAGCAGAAUUUCAUAGUUUGCAAAAAAUGUUAAGGUGCCCAAAAUACAGAAUCAAUGCAAAUUGUUAUUUUUUGAAGCUUUGGCAUUCCCUAUGAUAGAAUUAGAUUGGUAAAUACAUUUAUUCUUUACACAUGCUGCAGUAUAGUUGGCUAAAGCUGAUAAUAGAAACUUGAUCUAUAUUUGCCCUGGACUGGAAUACACAAAGGAAAUGGAAAAAAUAAUGUCAAAUACGGAGGUUUUGGCAACACGUCGAUCAUAUAUCUGAAGCACAAACUGACUAUUCAUAUUUGAAGCCCAAGGCCACACAACCUAAAUGGGAGUUUUCCACGGGAUUUGCUAUCACAAUAUUUACUAUGCAGAUGAAUUCUGUGUAGGUCACUAGUUGACCUCAGAAUAUUUAUUUUAUAUUUUUGAGGUGCUAAAAUAAUAGGAGAUCUCAUGAAAUGGAUUCCCAAUGCAGAUUGGAAUAGUAAGGCUCCAUUGUCCUUGAUAAGUUUCUAAUUUGCCAAGGGCACCUGAAAUUUCUGUACCAGUUUCUCUGCAACAGCUGUUUUUUGCCAAAGACAUUAUUUCUGUUUUCUGCAGCCAUUGAAAUCAAAAAUACAAAUAAGAUAACGUGUAAAAUCUACAUAUUGCUAACCUAUAGAAAUCACAAUUUCCAAAUUCUUUGAAACCAUUUUAUUACUUUUUUCCUUUACUCAGUUCUAAAUAUUAUGUCUAGAGCAUAAAGCAAAAAUUUAUCUUGUUAUUUUUGACCUUUUCUUUUGUAGACUGCAAGUCACUACUUAAUUUUCUUUUACUUAAACCUCUUCUGCAGUCUCAAAUUCAGUUUCCUCAUUAGAAAUUGAAUGUGAGCCUGCAUAUCUAUUAAGAAUUUCAGCUUCCCAUACACAUUUACUAGGAUGAUUAAGAUUUACAUUUUCCCCACAUAGACAUGUGGGGAAACAAAAAAUUAUCAGCUGAUCUAUCCAAGAACCAAAGUCUGUACAAACAGGUUUCUAUAAGCUUGGCAACAUGAUAAUGGAACAUUUCAAACAUUUCCUAUAUAGCAAUUACAUAUACAAUCUGGUUUUUGCAUUAUUUCCCUCAUGUACAUGCCAAAAUUAUUAUUUGAAGUAAUUUAUUUACAGGAAAUGUUAAUGAGAUGUAUUUUCUUAUAGAGAUAUUUCUUACAGAAAGCUUUGUAGCAGAAUAUAUUUGCAGCUAUUGACUUUGUA